AUGAAGUGUGAAAACAUGCAGUUCCAGAGACCCGCCAGAGUUUCCAUUCACCUUAGGCAAGAUGAUACCAGCGGCCCCUUUCAGUUCAACCUGUGGAAACGGAUGCUGAAGCUAAUUAAUCCAGUCCCAGUCCAACUGAAGCUGAAUCCGGACACUGCGCAUCCGAGACUCAUCCUGUCCAGUGACCUGACAUCCAUCAGACUUGGUGCUAAACAGAAGGUCCCUGACAAACCCGAGCGAUUUGUACAGUGGCAUUGUGUCCUGGCAUCUCAGGGCUUCAAUACUGGGAGCCACUACUGGGAGGUCGAGGUCGGAAGGAACACCAUGUGGAGUGUGGGAGUGGUAAAAGCAUCGGUACUGAGGAAAGCAGAGUUCACACCGGAACCAAAAUCCGGUGCCUGGGUAUUGUGGCGUCUGGGAGAGGAAUAUACCACUAUGUCUUCACCACGUACUGCCCUCCCUGUUCCAGUCAAACCCCAGAGAUUGGGCAUCUACCUGAACUAUGAGGCUGGCCAGGUGACACUGUACAAUGCCGAUGACAUGUCACAUCUGUACACGUUCGGCGACAAAUUCACUGAGAAAAGCUAUCCUUUCUUCUUAACGGGUUGCAACAUUGAUUCAUUGCAAAUAGUCCACUUGCAUAUAUAGGUUUAUUUGGUGAACGUGGGGCCAACCUUUAUAGGGAGACACUUGAAACGGCCCUACUUCCAGGAGUUAUCAAUGU